GACCAGGUUUGCUGGCCCGUCUGCCUACCCGUCGCCUUUUUGUAUACAGUCCGGAUCUUUAUGUUCCGCCUAGGUUUCAUGAUUUGAAAUCAUGAUUUUCUCAUGCACGGCGUGAAACUGACUGAAAUGAAAGGGUUCGAAGCAUAACUCCCGCCAUGGAAUGGCUUCUUCCACUCGAUGUCAUCAAACGCGUCAAGUACAGACUACAAUGGCAUUACUUGAAUUUUGAACUAUGCUUCUAUUCAUUGUUCUACAACCACCACCUAGACAAAAACUAUGUCUCUGAUGUGUGUAUGGAACCGCUUUUCUGGUUUGUGGACAACUUCACAAAGUUUUUGGGGCCGUUUUUCGUGUUCUGUGUUUCCAUGAUUAUGUUUGCUGUUAUUUCAAUUGCUUAUUAUAUUGGUUUGCCGUACUGGUGGAACAAAAAUCCUCAGCUUGCAGUCAUUCUCGUUGUAGUGGGCAACUGGCUCAAGAUCAACACACUUUUCCAUUAUUACAUGGGUGUCGUCACCCAUCCAGGGCACCCACCGAAAGGUGCGAUGAUAGAAGAAGCUGUGAGUAUUUGCAAAAAAUGCAUAGCACCAAAGCCCCCUCGAGCCCAUCACUGCUCUGUUUGUAACAAAUGUGUUUUAAAAAUGGACCAUCACUGUCCUUGGCUCAAUAACUGUGUGGGCCAUUACAAUCACAGGUAUUUUUUUAUGUACAUGGUCUUCAUAUCAUUGAGCACAUUUUUCAUAAUGGCUUUUGGGAUCGAGAUCGCCUAUAAUGAAGUAUGGCUCCAAAAUACAAGAGAGGAGGAACCAUAUGGCCACCCCGUACGGAUGAAUGAUUCUGAAAUAAUUGCCGUGCCAGAAUGGGACAAUGAGAACAAGAGUGAAAUACCAAUAAUAGAACUGCCUGCUGACGUCUACUGGAAAAGAAGGGCCAUUACAUUCAUGGCGUUCAUUUGCAGUGGUGCUUUUGUGGCAUUGACAUGGCUUUCAUCGUGGCAUGCCAAACAAAUUGGAAAGGGUGAAACAAGCAUCGAAGCCCAUAUUAAUAAGGCUGAAACACAGCGGCUUGCAAAAAUUCAUAAGGAAUAUAUCAAUCCUUACAAUUAUGGACCAGUAGACAAUUGGAAGAUUUUCUUUGGGAUUGGAAAUGGAAAGAGCUGGCUUCAUGUGAUAUUUCCUUCAGCACAUAAACCCUUUGGAGAUGGUCUCACGUGGGACAGUGUCCAAGGACUGUGUAAUAAUAUUGAACAUAAGAAAAUCCCUUAAAAAGCCUAAUAUGAAGAAAUUACUUUUUAUCCGGUCUGAGAGGCACAACAUGAGUGAUAUAAAUAAAUGUAAAUUUUCCUAUAACAAAACAAUUGUAUA